UCAGAAGUAGGUUAUCUGUUAACCUAGUUAUUAAACAAUACUAAAGCAGUCCAAAUAGGGCUAUAUAACUAUAUUAAAUUAAUUUAUAUAUCAAGUUAAGACUUAUAAUAAAUAGUUUCAAUAAGUACCUAGGUACAUAAUAUCCAUUUAGAAUUAUGAAUACUAGUAAAUCAAAGUCCAAUAAGGGUUCACGUAUGUCUACAAGAGAUUCUUACACUGAGGAGGACAUUAGAAAGGCAAUUGAAGAAGUAAAAAGUGGUGAAAGAACUGCUUCAGAGGCAUCCAAGUUGUACAAUAUCCCGCGCACCACAUUGAGGGACAAAAUAAGUGGUAAAGCGCCUGUUGUAAAAAAGAUGGGCCCACAAACCUACCUUACUGUAGCAGAAGAAAAUGUUUUGGUGAAUUUUAUUGUUAGCGCACAGAAACGUGCCCACCCUGUUACCAAAGAAACCAUUAUGUCAUUGGUAACUAGUCUUCUUUCGGAUGAAAGGUUACUUAUGGAAGUAAAUAGAAACCGUCCCUUUCAAUUUGGAAGAUCAGGUACUCGACAGCCAGGGAAUAAAUAG